AGAAGAGUGGUUAUUUUCUACCUCUACUGCACUAGAUGCUCUACUGGGAAAUGUGUUUCAGAGUGCAGCUUGAGUCUUCAGCCUGAUGACAUGUCAAAGCUUGUUGUAGAUGAAAGAAAGACAGAAGUUAUGGGCGUACAGCAAGUGAACAUACCCCAAAGAGAGCAAGAAAGUCCACAGCCAGCUGAAACUGGACAGAAGAGGAAACAAGAGGGUGAAAAGUCUGAGAAGAGGAUGGAAAAAAAGAAGAAAGAAAUGUCCAGUAGAAGUUUAGAGAUUUGUGAGUCAGCAGUGGUUCCGGAUGGUGGAUGGGGUUGGAUAAUUGUGGCUGCCUGUUUCCUCACCACUAUUUGCACACGUGCAGUCUCUAGGUGUGUGUCCAUCUUCUUUGUGGAGUUCCAGACAUAUUUUUUCAAAGACUAUUCUGCAACUGCGUGGAUCCACUCUCUGCUGGACUGCACCACAAUGUUGUGCGCCCCAUUGGGUAGUUAUAUUGGUAACCGACUCUCCUCUCGUAUAGCUAUCAUGAUUGGUGGGCUGCUUUCCUCUAUUGGCCUGCUGCUCAGUUCAUUGGCAACCAGCCUGGAGUUUCUAUACCUUACACUGGGUAUUCUUACAGGUGUUGGAUUUGCUCUCAGCUACACCCCUGCUAUCGCCAUGGUGGGUUCCUACUUCAAUGAGAGAAAAGCGCUGGCUUAUGGGAUCGCCAUGUCAGGAAGUGGCAUCGGAACCUUCAUCCUAGCACCUGCUGUGCAACUCCUCAUAGAGUACUUCUCCUGGAGAGGGGCGCUGCUCAUUCUGGGGGGGCUGGUGUCCCACCUGUGUGUCUGUGGUGCCCUUAUGAGACCAUUGGGGAGCCAAAAAGGGAGGCAGAAGGAGAUGGAAAUGGAGGGUGGCAAAACUGUUGACUUGCUAAAUGUAAAACUAGCUGAUACAAAAUUCCAAAUGGAAUUGAGUACACUGGAUAUUAAGGGAUCAGAGGAGGUUAAACAAAUGGAUGCAGACAAAAUGAAGAAAGAGAGAGUGAAGAAAAAACAGAAAGAGGCAGAUGAGUCCAGGCCCUCUGAUACAGAACAAACACACUCCAGUGAAGAGUUGAAACAUGGACAGGAGCUGUCAGAAGAAUUGUACAAAGACUCAAGCCCAAGGUUCUCAAUUACAGAGAUCACAGUUCCAGCCUUAGUACAAUCAGUUGACUCGUGUUUGGGUUGUUUGCCUACAAAUCAGGAGAAUGCACCUAAACCGGAAUCAAAAUCUCACUCAGUAGCGAACACUGUGGCACAAUCAAAAAUGGUUAACACAAAGCUACUGGAGGAAUCCAGGGCAACUUUUUGGACAAACAUAAAGAAAACAGUAUUAAGAGAAUAUUCAUUCAUGUUGAUACCAGACUUCCUGCUUUUGUUGGUGUCUUUCCUGUUCCUUGCCUAUGGUUGCAGUGUGCCAUUUGUGUAUCUUGUGCCAUAUUCCCUGAGUGAAGGUGUCAGACCUCAACAGGCAGCAUUACUCAUGUCCAUACUUGGAGUGUCUGGGAUUGUGGGUACUAUCACUUUCGGCUGGAUCGCAGACAGAAAGUGUUUGAGGCCAUAUAGAGUAGUAAGUUACAUGCUGGCUGUGGGGUCAGAAGGACUGAGUUGUCUCUUUCUACCUCUGCUGAGGGGGUUUUCUCUGCUGGUGCCAUUUUCUCUCUUCUAUGGCUACUUUGAUGGAGCCUACGUGGCACUUAUCCCUGUGGUAACCUCUGAUACUGUCAGCUCCACCCACCUGACCUCAGCUCUGGGAGUUGUUUACUUCCUCCAUGCCAUCCCCUACCUCAUCAGCCCACCUAUUGGAGGUUGGCUAGUGGACCAGACAGCAUCCUACACAGCUACAUUCUUUUUAAGUGGAAUAUCUCUGAUCUGCAGUUCUGUGAUUCUGGCUGCUGUCCGAGUGUUCCUCCGCUGCAAUAGAGGGCGCUCUUUCUUAAACUGACCCACAACAAGCUUGACUUUGAAGAUUAUCAAAGCAAUAAUAAAGCUGUUCAGGUCAUAGUCCUAAAACUAGACAACUAGCAUUUUCCAGCCAUUGGUUCCAUUGGGAUGCACAGCUGCGAUAAGUUUUCAAAUACAGCUGCUGAGGAAGUGACAGUACAUUUGGCAUCUUUCUCUCUUCUGAAUGUUGUCAACUCAUUAUUUUAUUUUUUUUCUCUCUUUGGGGAGUCAUGGAAAUUUAAUAGUGGAUAUUUUCUCUUGCUGUUGUUGGAGUAGAUAGGAAAAAAUUAUAUUUGUUAUGGUCUCCCAUGUACCUCUAUAUAAGUUUACCCUGGUACACUGUUGUUUAUGUACACAUUGCAAACCCGGAAAUGUGAAAAGGGUUCCAAGCUACAUUCUUAUAGUGUUCACUCACAAAAUGCACCAUUGUUUACAUACAAAGUUAUGCUCGCUGUACUUAAAACAGUGGGACACUUAAUUCAAAUGUUAUACAGAAGUAUUUCUGUACACAAAAUUUGUGUUAUCUGGGAUUUCUGCUUUCAUCUUAAAGAGGAUUGAGUCAUCCUCUUUGGACUGUCUAGAAUGAUAUCAUAGCAGGCAUAACUGUAGAGAUGCUGUCAUCUAGAAGGAAUGAGAUAAUCUUCCUCUGAUAGGAGCACCUUGUAUAUCUCAUUUUCUCUCUUAAAGUUUUUUGAAUGAUGGUACAUUGAUGCAAUGGCUAUCUUUCCUUUGAUAUGACGAGGAAAAUGUCUGACGACCUCCUCAAAGAUCUCAAUGGUUUCUUAGCCAAAGCCUGCUUUUUAAUGCUGUCUUCAUUCAUUUGGUAAACCUUCCAUUUGAUAUGUUCAACAGAUUUCUCAAAACUUUAGUGGAGUUGGGGAACUUUUCUAGAACUUUCUCUCCAUCUUGAACAGCUUUAUGUGAAAAUGUUUUUGAAGCACUGGAGUAUAACACCCAAGCCCUCCAUGAUUUCUGUAUCAAGGAUACAAGUAAACUUUGUGCUUCACUAUCAUUGUUUUCUCACUGCCCCUCAGAAAGAUUUAGUAAAUAAAGUGCAUGUAGGACCAAACUGUCUGGAUUUGAACCAUAAAGGGAAAUUUGGCCAAAUCAGCAUCAAGAGAACAAGAAUCACUACUGCAAGCAGCAUUAAAUAAUACAGUAUGUCAUUCAUAAUAGGCCUACAGACAAAGAGAUAUGGUAUUUAGGCAUGCCAAACUGUU